AUGUUGAGUCGACAACUCAGCAAUCCUCUCAAAUGCGCAGUUCGAUCGAUUUCUGGUCCACCUUCGAAAUCAACAGAAUUACCGAAAUAUGACCUGGUAAUUGUAGGAGGCGGUAUUGUUGGGUGCGCAACAGCUCGACAACUUCUCAUCGAAAAACCAAAUUUGAAAAUUGCAUUGAUUGAAAAAGAAAGUGAAUUAGCUGUUCAUCAAAGUGGUCAUAAUAGUGGAGUUAUUCAUGCUGGAAUAUAUUAUACACCAGGAAGUUUGAAAGCUAAACUUUGUGUUGAAGGACUCGAUUUAUCGUAUAAAUUUUUCGAUGAGGAAAAAAUUCCAUACAAGAAAACUGGUAAAUUGAUUGUUGCUGUUGAACCAGAAGAAAUUCCACGAUUAGAUGUAUGUUUUUUUUCAAAUUUUUUUGUGAUCUAAAAUUUUGUCGAGAGUGGAAUUUAAAGUGCAUAAUUACAGGCUCUCUAUGAGCGAGCAAAACAAAAUGGUUGCCGUGAUAUCGAAUUCAUCUCCGGUGACAAAAUCAAAGAAAUCGAACCUCAUUGUAAGGGUCUUAAAGCUCUUUGGAGUCCACACACUGGAAUUGUCGACUGGGGAUUUGUCACCAAAAAGUUUGGAGAAGACUUUGAAAAACGUGGUGGAAAAAUAUUCACAAGUUAUCCACUUCAAAACCUCGAGGACAAUACAGAUCCAAAUUAUCCAAUCAAAGUGGUAAGCGAUUCAAGUUACGCGAAAAUUGAGACAAAAAAUGUGAUAACUUGUGCUGGUCUUCAAUCUGAUAGAGUAUCACAAUUAUCCGGUGGUUCAUCUGUUCCAAAAAUUGUUCCAUUCCGUGGCGAAUAUUUAUUGCUCAAACCAGAAAAACGAUAUUUGGUGAACACAAAUAUUUAUCCAGUUCCUGAUCCACGAUUCCCAUUCCUUGGUGUUCAUUUCACUCCUCGAAUGAAUGGAGAUGUUUGGCUUGGUCCAAAUGCGGUUCUAGCUUAUAAACGAGAAGGAUAUUCAUAUUUUAGUAUUUCUCCAAGUGAUCUUUGGGAUUCGUUGAGCUUCAGCGGAAUGCAAAAAUUGGUCAGAAAACAUUUCACUUUUGGAAUCAAAGAAUUUUAUCGUGGAGUUUGGAUUGCAGCUCAAGUCAAACAAUUACAACGAUUUAUUCCUGAAUUAAAACUCAGCGAUGUUGUUCGUGGUCCAUCUGGAGUUCGGGCACAAGCACUUGAUAGUGAAGGAAAUUUGGUUGAUGAUUUUGUAUUUGACAGUGGAACUGGAAAAUUAUCACCAAGAAUUUUGCAUGUUCGAAAUGCUCCGUCGCCAGCAGCAACAAGUUCUUUAGCAAUUGCUAAAAUGAUUACGAAUGAGGCAGUUUCAAGAUUCAAUUUGUAA